AAUAAAAUCAAAAAUAAAUAACCUUCCAAGUAACCUCUAGCACAUUAAUUUUUAGCUUAUAGAUAGGUACAUCAUGUCUUUUAUAUACAAAAAAGCCAUCAGUUUUGCCGAUAAAUUAAUCCCUACUAAAUUUCAACCUGUAUGGAAUCACCCAGCAGGUCCCAAGACAGUGUUUUUCUGGGCUCCUACAUUUAAGUGGGGUUUAGUUAUUGCUGGAAUUAGUGAUUUACAACGACCAGCUGAAAAGAUUAGCUUAGCACAAACUUCUGCAUUAGCGGCGACUGGUGUGAUAUGGUGCCGUUACUCCUUAGUGAUUAUACCAAAGAACUAUAAUCUUUUUAGUGUAAAUUUUUUUGUUGCAUUAACCCAACUUUACCAGCUCUCCAGGGCUAUACAGUACCAACGAUCUGCAGCUGCCAACAAUUAGAUCAAUUUUAUCUAUACCUACAUAGUUAUAAAUAUACCUAAUAUACAAAAAUGUAGAAAAAUCCAUUAUUUUUUAUAUAUCCGAUAUUAAUUUUGU